AUGCGUCUUUUCAUCACCAUUCUCCUCGCGUUGAUCGCGCUGGUCUUUGCCAGACCCGCGGCUUUGAAGACAGUGAUCGUUUCAUACCCAAAUGACACGCCUUCGUCAGUUGUGGAUAAAGCCAUGAAAGAGGUCGUCAACGCAGGUGGCAUUAUCACGCACGAGUACUCGCUCAUCAAGGGCUUUGCCGCUAAAGUCUCGGACAGCAUGAUCGAUACCAUCAACACAUUGACUGAGAACUAUACUCCUCUUGUGGAGUCUGAUAGUAUUGUCACUAUCAGCAACAAUUAA